UUCCCUUAACCUUAUUUUUAGGUUAUAAACAGAUUCAGGUUCUAGCUAUGUCAGCAAAAGUUUGUGAUUUUAAAAGCAAAUCAGUUUAUUCAUUUUUUAUAAGAAAAUAAUGAAAAAACAGAAUACUGGUUUAUAUUUUGCAACUUUUGUUUUUUUAGAUACAAAAACAGUGUCGUGAGCAGAAUAUUUAGUUGUAUGUUUUAAGACGGAGAGGCAAUUAUGGAGCAACGUAAGGGCCUUCAAGGCCGUGGCGGUAAAAGCAAGACUCCGCAGUACCCGGCUGACAUUUUUGCAUUGGGUUCAAAAUCAUCCAGUGAAUCAAAACGAACAACAAGCGUUCAUGGAAAGGCAUCAUCAUCAAGCCAUUCUCUUCCAGUUUCAGAUCGUAAACGCGAUGGCGCACCUUCGUCUACGGCUAUUCCGCCGAAGAAGCCGAAACUCGGUAGCGGAGGCGGCAGCGGCAGCAGCGCUAGCCUAGCGUCGUCGGCGACUGCGGCCGGGUCGCACUCGGGUGGCGCGACUGGUCGCCCGUCCGGUGGCGCGACUGGUCGCUCGUCCAGUGGCGGCGUCAGUAGCGCCGACGCACAGUGGGAGGUGCUGGCCUCCGACAUCGACGCUCCCGAUCUCGUGCCCCACGUCCUCGAGGCCAGUGAUCUCGAUCAGGCUGACAAAGUGAUCGGUCUGCUGUGCGGUGCAGUGCGUGCGCUACGCUCGCCAAAGCAGCAGAAGCAGCCGGACCCGGUCCUGUGUCAGGGCCUGGCCUACCUGGCCAAGUGUCGGCCGAGCCUGUUUGCGUCGGAGCCGGUGGUGAGCGCCUUGUGUGCCCUGCUGCGACGGGAGCCCGCCCCCUCUGCCGCCUCUGCAGCCAAGGCCAAGCACACCGGCCUCUGUGUGCUGGCUGUAUGUCUGCUCUACAAGGCCUACCAGGACGUCAAGCGCUGGCCUGAGUCCUUUGUUAAGGUUGGUGCAACUUUGCCGGUCGUUAGGUCGGGCAGGAACUCAUCGAUAUUGUGCUCGGAGUGCGGUUCGAUUUACCAUGGAAAAUGUAUUCAAAGUGGGUCAGACAGACCUUUGAGUGAGGCUGAACUCGAGAUCUUGGCAAAGGGUGCUUGGAAGUGUGGGGGCUGUAUGGUGGGAAUUCGACUUCAACGUGGUGCUGGCCCAAAUUCGACCCCUAUCAAGACCCCUGGCGCGGGGUUCGUUACUCAUUCCUCGGGCUCUGUGGAUCCAAAUAGUUUGUCCCUCAAUGACUUCAAAACUGAUGUAAUGAACUGUCUUAAAGAACUGCAGGAAUCUCUCAAUUUGUGUAAUCAAAAACUCGACAACAAUGCUAGUAUUUUACACACGCAAGGAAACCUGAUAGCAGCGCAACAAGAAUUAAUUAGAGCCCUGCAAAGUGAAAAUGAAACUUUAAAACGAAAAUUUGGUGUUCUGUCCAUGCGUACGGACGAUCUGGAACAAUAUGGGAGAAGAAAUACUUUGGAACUACAUGGCAUUCCAGUUACGGCUGAAGAGGACGUUUCAAAAGUAGUGCUCGAAACAUGCAAAGCUGUUGGUGUUGAGAUAAGCGACGAGGCGAUAGAUACCUGCCAUCGUCUUAAAAAACGCCCGGACUCACGAAACCCGCCACCAAUUAUAGUCAAGUUUGUACGACGCACAAUCACCCACCAUAUAAUGCAACAAAAACGCAGCGUGAAAAAGUUAUCAACAAGCCACAUAGGAAUGCAAGGUGCUGAAUUGGCUGAUGCAAUUCCUGAAAGGGGCCCUGAAGUGGUAAAUGAUGAUGAUUACAUUGUCAAUUCCACUUUCAGGCUGCAACCACUUGACGAACAGGACAUCCGGGAGAUCUUGAAGGGGAUGCGUGGUGGCUCUGCUCCGGGGCUUGAUAACAUUGAUUCAAAAUUCAUAAAAGAACACAUUGACGUGGUGAUUGAGCCUCUUCUUCACAUUAUUAAUCCAACAAUAUUAUAUUUCACUUUUUUCAGAUAUUCUUCAAAUAUGGAAACAGUCGAGGCAACAAUAGUUGAAAUAGUCAAAGAGCACCUGAACAGACGUCAAAGUGUGGAGAACAUUUCAAGAAAUUUUCUCAAGUUCCUGGCAUCGACUUGUGGUCUUGUUGAAAUACGCGUGCUGGUAGCACCUCGACUGGAGGUGUGGCUGCAGAACCCAAAGCUGAUGCGUGGCGCCCAGGAGCUGCUAAUGUCUCUGUGCGUCAACAGCACGGCGCACACGCAGCGUGACGUCGAAGUCAUCAGCGCACUCGUCAAGAUACGUCUCAAGACAAAGGCGCUCAUCAACUACUAUCUGGCCUGCAUCAAGGAACUGAUCUCAGCUCACACGGACAAUCUGGCAACAGUGUUGAAGCACACCAUCUACAAUGAGCUGUCCUCGUCGCACAACCCCAACAACAUGCCCAUGCUCGGAGUCAUGCUGCAGUACAGUCCUGACCAAUCUGCUUCUCUACUUGCCGAUAUAUUUCAGAUCGAGAAGAUGCAGCUGACUGUGGCUGGCAUUCAAAGUGAUGCGAUUUGGUGGCUGCAAGAAACUGCUUUACGAGUCUAUCGACCCAGUUCGUCGGAUUUUGUCCAUGCUCUUCAUAAGGUUUUGUUGAUGGAGCCGGCCGAGCAGUACUACAAGACAGACAGCUGGCCACAGGAGCAGGACCGCGCGUUGUUCCUGCGGCUGGCAUCCGAGGUGCCCGUGGAGCAGGCGACGCUGCUGCGGGUUCUGCUCAUUGGCCUCAGCAAGGAGCAUCCGCUCAUGCCACCCGACGCACUCGAGCUCGCCGACCAGCUCGUCAAGCGUGCGGCCGCCGUCACUGCCAACGCCAACCUGCCCAUGCUCAGAGCGGACAAAGUGGAGUUGAUGGAGCUGGUGUUCCAGCUGUGCGCCUACCACCACCCGGAGAACAUAGACCUGCCAGCCGGGUAUGCCCCACCCGACCUGGCCAUCACCAACCUCUACUGGAAGGGAUGCGUCCUCCUGCUCAUACUCGCCGCACACAAUCCACAAACUAUAGGUGCGGUGGCGUGGCACAAGUACCCGACUCUUCGCGCGCUGAUGGAGAUGUGCAUCACCAACCACUUUGUGUUUCCGGCCGGCGCAGCCGCAGAUGACCUGCAGCUGGCUGCACUCGAGAAGCAGACCAUUCUGCAGUUCGAGACGCAUCUCGCUGCUGCAUCCACCAAGAUGGCAAUCACGCAGCAGACGAGCCUGCUGCUGUCUCAGCUGAUGAGCAUGGAGGUGGGGGGUCCGGCGCGACAGCCGCCCGCCGCAGUGCUGGAGCAGCUGCAGUCGCUCAACCUGUCGCUGCGACUCGGCCACCUGCUCUGUCGCUCGCGACACCCCGACUUCCUGCUCGACAUCAUACAGCGACAGGGAGCCUCCCAGUCCAUGCCCUGGCUCGCCGACCUCGUGCACAGCUCUGAUGGAUCCCUCAAUCACCUACCAGUGCAAUGCUUGUGCGAGUUCCUGUUGAGCUCGAAUGCGGUGGCCAAACAGCAGGAGAAGUACCAGCAGCUGCUCACUCACCUGCAGUCCAUACUCAGUGACCCCAACCAAGACCCGCUCAUUGUCUGCGAAAUCCUCGACUACUUCCUCCGAAGGCUGUCAUCGCCUCAUAGUCGGGCUCAAGCUAUCAUGGGGAUGAAAUUAGUUUUGAAAACGGUGAGCGACGAAGAGGCAAUGGAAACAGACAAGCCAAUGGAAGAAGUGAAGGAUGACGCCUCCUGGCUUCUCAAGCAGCUGCCCAUGUUGCCACAUUUCAGUAUUGCCAAGUCUCAGGUGGUGCUAGCACUUCGCAGCGCCUGUCAGGUGGAGAACGAGCCGGCGCUGGUGACCGCCUACCUGUGCUUCCUGGCGCAACACGCGACCGACCAAGGCAGCGCCGACAUGGCGGACAUGAGUGAGCUGGUGGUCGACAUGGCGCAACUCAUAGUGGAGCGGAGCACCAUCAUGGCCGCCAUCUUACCCACCCCCGCCACCGCACCCGCCUCCAACCCCUCGCUCGUCGCGCUCAUCGCCAUCUUCUCCAGCUACCUCGUCAAGGCGCGAGAGCCGCGCCGCGAGGCGUUCACCUGGUCUGAGAGCCAGGACCAGAUAGUGGUCUCGUGGCCGGCAGGUGAGGACUGCACCCUGCACAUCCUGGUGGUGCACGCCAUGGUCAUCCUGCUCACCUAUGGCCCACAGGCGGUCGUCGAGCGCCUGCCCGCCUACAACUACCUGCUUGACGCCUGGUUUCCACAGGACAAGGAGAGUGCUCCAAAGGCUUUCCUGGUGGAUACAUCUGAAGAGGCUCUGCUGAUUCCUGAUUGGCUGAAGCUGCGCAUGAUCAGAUCGCAGGUGCCGAGGCUGGUGGAGGCGGCCUUGACUGAUCUGGAGCCUCCGCAGCUCAUUCUUUUCAUUCAGUCGUUUGGCAUCCCUGUCGCAUCUAUGAGCAAACUGCUGGAAACGCUGGACCGCGCCGUGAUGGGGGCGGAGCGAGAGGCGGUGGGGGAGGCGGUGAUGGACAAGUCGUACAUGGUGCAGCUGGUGGAGGUGCAGCACAAGAGGGGGGCCACAGGGGGGGAGGUGUUCGCCAGGGUGCUCGGACUGCACGAGCCAAUCAGGGCAGCGCCCGAAACGCCCAUCAUUGCCGAGCCACAAUUCCCUCAUCUGAAGCCACCUGUUUGUAUCAAAUUGAAAGCCUUAACAUUGCAAGAAGCAAUCGCCGUCUUUGAGCAAAUCUAUUCAACGCAAGAGGAAACUGAAGCCAAACGGCUCAUCAAUAGAGAAGAUUUCAAACUGUUACAAAGAACGCUGUCGGUGGAAGUAAGCAAGAAGAGCACCAGAUCAGGUGGUGGUGGUGGUGGUGGCCUCUGCCAGAACCUGCUAGUUCACCUACUGAAGCGCCUCUCAUCCGACCGCACACUAUUGACUGUUGUCGCCGCACGCACGCACUACUCCUGCCCGCUGUUCCGUCUGCUCACCUCGGUCACCUGCCAACAGCUGACUGCCGUCAUGCUCGUCAUCUGCAAGGUGGUCGUCGACUCCCCCCACUGCUCCACCAUACUGGCCGCAAUCUUGAAGGCGUUCACCAAGCGCCACCAGUCCAGGGAGACCGCUGUCGUACCUGCCACCAGCGCAUACCAAGCGCCGCUAAAAGCUUUGGAACACUUUCCACGUGGAAAAUUGGAGCGAGUGGGUCGCAAAGUGCUCGAGUCGAAUGUAGGGAAGGCAGUGAUGGUGGAAGCAGUGGGGGACCUGAUGCGAUUGGUCCCUCAGCGUCUGCCCUACUCCACCACCGGUCUGCUCAUUGAUUGGCUCAUUCAAAUCGAGCCCGAAAUCAUCAGCUCAUCCACUGAUUUCCAGAUGAGAGCCCUGUUUUCAAGAUUGGACAACAAAGAGUUCAUUUCGUUCAAUACAUGCCGACCUUAUCUGUUGACCCUGCUCAUUCAUCAAGCCAGCUGGUCGACGCUUCAUCAUUGUAUGAAUGGUCUUCUUCAAAAUACUAUGAUUUCAAGGUAUGAUCCAACCGCUGUUCUAGAUUUCUUGACUGCUUUGACUCGAAAUCCGAAAUUGUGGCAGGGAAGGGACAAGUAUCUGCCCAAGCACUACCAACCAGAAGAUAUACUGAAUCUCUCUUCUGAUCAGAUAAUUUACGUUGCGGAUUACAUUGUGGAGGAAGCAAUUUUGAUGGUUGAUAAGAAGGAAAGUCUCGAUAAGAUGAAUCAUCGAAUUCAACUGCUCUCUCAGUGCAUAGUAGAAGAUGAAGUUCAUAUGACAAGUUGCUUGGUCCGUCAUCUUAAUCGUGUUAUCCACGAUAAACUCGAACUGGCGGCCAGAAAAAUGGCCAGCACGCAUCCUCUACUAGUUCUCAGGCAAUUGAAAAUGAUUGGAGCCGCUCUGUGUGGCAGAGUGCAUCUUGAAUCAAGCGUGCUUCGAUCGCGGGGGCACUUGUCUCUGUUUCAACAUGUCUAUGGGCUGCUCGAACUGUUGAAGCCCAAAGUGUUUUCCGAAGACUACACGGAAUCGCUGCAAAGUAUAUUGAAAUUGUACUUUCAACUUUUUAAGACGCACGGACACAUGAAAGAAGUCAUCAACUUGAUGAAUAAAGUCGUCAAUUUCCUACAAGAUUACAUCAGUCAUGAUGCCUCUCGCGCACUUUCCUACCUUCAGAGCCAGUCAAACAUUAUAAGUGAGUUGCAGUCGCAACACUCGAACUUCAGUGGCUUGUGCAUCAUGAUGUCUGGGGUUACGGGGGGAGGGGAGGUUGUGGUGGCUGUGCCCCCCUCCAAUCAGCAGGCGGCUACGCCCCACUACGACUUGACCAAUCUGCUGCGAGGCGAAGACGUGUUGUCGUGCCUGCAAGACCUUGACAAGCAGUCGGUAUCGCGGCCUGCGCUGCUAGAGCCGGCCCUCGGCUCCCUGUGUCGCUACCUCAGUUCGCGCAGCUCGGCCACGCGCAGUCUGGCGCACGGUCUGCUCGCGCGCUACCUGCGCCACGCGCCACGUGCCGCGCGCGCCGCUCUGCCCGCGUUCAUCUCGUGCCUCGACUCGCCGCACCCGGAGGUCAUCGCCUCUGCGCUCGACCGUCUGCCCGAGAUCACUGUCUGCUCGCAGGAACUGGCUUUACCGCUACUGAAGAAAGUGUUUGGUGUAGGAAUGAGCUCAAGCAUAAAUACGACGCAAUGCAUAACAAAGACUCUAGCACUGCUGAAUCUCCAGUCUGGAUGCUAGUGACCUGUGAACUCUAUGCAUUCCACAUUAAGACUGACGAAAACAAGCCUACAAAUACGUGUGAUCUCAAUUUGUGGAUUGUUCAUUCAAGUUUAUGACAAACAACGUGCUGAUGUAUUUGAAAAUGUGAAAAUUCAGUGGAGUGUGAUCAAUCUCAAAUUGAAUUACGACUAAAAUGUGAGCUUUUGAAAGAGUAUAUAAAUACUGAGCGCCCCAAAGUACCUGGUAACGGUACAUUCGUGGUUGAGUGGAAAAUGCAUCCUUUGGACAUCAAAUUAAGUGAGAUGAACAAGCAGUUCAGUAUGGUCACUGAUAAUAUACUGGUGUGGAACGAUACUCUGCUGUCAUGGGAUGUUGAAGUUUAUGGAGGAAUAAGAAACUUAAUUAUGGAUUGUGAUGAUAUCUGGUAUCCUAAACUACUAUCUCUAAGUGUACUGACGAAGCACCCAGCCAGGAACAGCAGGAACAAAGUGUGUCGUUUGCUGAGCAACGGGACGGUGACCGCCGAGUACACGUCCACCUUCGACACCUUCUGUCAGACGGACUUCAUGCGUUGGCCUUUCGACCACCACGAGUGUCGACUGUCAGUUGGCACCAAUCAAUUUCUUGGCAGUGCCAUUCAACUAACUCCCGCAGUUGUGGGUGAUAAGGAGACCGGAGAAAUAUCAGCGAUGAAGAACAAAGUUUGGUCGAUUGAGCAGACAGAAUUGUCGCUGAUGUCGCAUCCAACUUAUCUCGAAAACGACUUUUACAUGCAGACUGAUAUUGUUUUCACACUGACAAGACUAUACACUGUUGAAGCUGCUACCUUCAUUUAUCCUGCCUAUAUGAUGUCAUGCAUAUUACUGGCAAUACUGUGGUUGGAUACAUUGAGCUCAGAGCGCUUGUUUAUAAUUGGUUUCAUUGUUUGCAUCCACGUUUUGUUCAUGGAAUACUUCAGCUACAUGAUUCCAGCUGUUGGAGAUAGAACACCUCACAUUGCAUUGUUUUACGGGAACUCAUUGAUUAUCUGCGGUACGAUACUCAUGUGGUCAGUAAUCGCUCGAAUAGUUUUCAUCAAUUUUGAAGAAAUAACACUGCUCACCAAUUUUGUGGAUUGGUUUUCUUAUAAGCCAUAUUUUAAAAACAUCGUGUACAUCCAUAGUUUCGAGGUGGCAGAAGAAGAGCCUGAAGUUGAGAAUGAGGGCAACGAACCACUCCAGUCUCCAGGUCAGGCAUCUGUCAACAAACGCAUCAAACUACAAAUUUUCCUAGAAAUAGUUGAUAGAUGUAUGUUUAUUUUCCUAGCUAUACUGUACUUUUAUUUCGUGACAAUUCACUAUACUAUUUAAAUUGUAUAAUCCAUAUAACUCACAAUAUUUUUCACUGCUAAUUUUAGCUCAUGAAUCAUAUGAAUAGUCAUAAAUAUAUUAAUAUAGUAUUGUUUAAAGUAAGCAUGUCAUUCUAUUUACUGUAUUUAAUUAUUUGUAGGCACCUGCUGUAAAAUCUAUUUAGAUUCAGCGGGACCAAUUUUGUAAUACUUUUUAUUGAAUAAAAUGAUUGAUUUAUUGA